AUGCCCAUGCAUGAUGUUGCUGGUCUUGUAGAUACUAUUAUGGAAAUACAGCAGCAACAAAUGCAGCAACUCAUGACAACCAUGGGUGAUCAAUUCCAGGCAGUUAUCAGAACUUUACAAACUCCACAGGCAGCCCCUGCUAAGGAAAUAGAAUUGGCUGAGUUGACUCAAGGGCCAAAAUCAGUAUUGGAGUACCAGCAGAAGUUUGUGGAGCUGUUCUUCUUUGCUCCCCCACACCUUAACAAUGAUGAAGCCAAGGCCCAAAAGUUUGAAGAUGGUUUGAGGCCACAGAUUGCCUCUAUCAUGCCCACCAGAACUAAUCAAGGGUACUCUGAGACCGUGCAAUUAGCCAAGAGGGUUGAGGAUAAACAGAGAGAUGCUUAUCAUGUUAGCCAGGGAUCCGGCAAGAGAGCAGCACCUUUCAUUAACAGAGGAUUCAUCAAGUUUACUAAAUCUUCUGGUCCUAGUUCAGCUCUAGCCCUGUCACAGAGAAAUGAAUCCGAAUCAUCUGUAUCCAGGCCUGUGUAUGCCAACCCCAGUACCAAGGCUACAGAUGCAGCAGCUCCAGCAAGUACUGCGGACUUUAAAUGCUAUACAUGUGGUCAGACGGGUCAUACAUCCAGGACAUGCUUCCACAGGAGACAUGUACUUCCUGUUCGGCAGCCAGCCAGUAAGCCUCAGGGUCGGGUCUACUCUGUAACCGCUAGUGAGGCUGAGGUUAACCAAGCUGUGGUUACUGCAUAUACCUUGUUUGAUACGGGAGUGACGCAUUCCUUUGUGUCUCCGUCAUUUGCAAAGAGGACAAGUGUAUCACCUAAGUGUCUAACAGAGGGUCUAGCAGUUAGUACGCCUACUGGGUCAAGGAUAGACCUGAAUACAGUGUAUGAACCAUGUGCUAUGAAGAUUGCCGACAGAGACAUGAAUGCCCAUCUGAUUCAGCUCAAUAUGAUUGACUUUGAUGUCAUAUUGGGGAUGGAUUGGUUGGCAUUAUACAAGGUGAAGGUACUAUGCGCUAAGAAGAAAAUUGUAUUCCAGGCAAGAAGCGAGAAGGGAUUCAUCUUUGUGGGUGACCAGAAGAAAAGACCAAGAAAGAUGUUGAUUUCAGCCUUGAAAAUGAAGAAGUUGUUAGACAAGGGAUGCUAG